AUCUGUCAAAGGAUGCAAAUUCUUAGUGGAAUUCAAAGGAACCGUACUUAACCCGAUUUUCUUUUAUUUACAGAUAUUCCCCUAACAAGCCCAGGUUAAUCAUCAUCAUCAUGGCUACCAAGCGGACGGAGCAGAGUUAUUUCAUCGAUUUGAAGAGAUCCAUCAUCAGCAUUCAGAAGGACGUGGCAUUUCUGAAGAAAUGUCAAAAGGAGAAACUAACACCCGUUAGUCAUAGGAUUAAGGUCAAGAAGCACAUCCCACCCAGCGUCACCAGGAAGGCCGAAGCAGAGUACAUCGCAGACACCAUCAAACGCCACUACGCCAAGUUGGACAAGCUGACACUUAAGUGCUAUUCCCUGCACUUAAAGUUGGCCAACGAAUAUCCGGAAGGUUUCCCAUUGUUCCUCACCAAGGUAAAGCGAGCAGAGGAAUGUGAAGCAGACAGGAAGAGACGACUACACAAAAAGAAGCUGACGAAUCUACGAAACGAGACCAGAGCGGCAAAGGACACCCACACUCCAAUUCCGAUGGUUCAACCCAUUGAAGGAUUCGUAGUAAACCGUUCGACGCAACAGUUCACAGAGGAACAAUUGACACACCUCAAUAAGGGGUUAGGAUAUGCGGUUACUUCGAAACCAGACGUGGAACAGAUCAUCGUGGACAUGGAAACAGCGAUCACACAGAACGUUAGCAUCAAAGACCAAAAUACAGCCAGGAACAUCGUAGCAGACGCCAUCAAAACAGGACAGCGCAGUAAGGUAAAUUCAGACGAGACAAGGAUUGUAACGGAACUUAAAAAGAAACCAGUAUACUACAUGAAGGCAGACAAAGGUAACGCGGUUGUUAUUAUGGACAAGAAGGACUACGACGAACAGAUGGAGAAGAAGAUAAACGAAGGACCAUACAGACAUCUACGAGUAGAUCCACUACCCGGACUAAUAAGGCUGACAGACAAGACCCUGAAAGACUGUAAACCCAUCAUCGGAGAGGCUCGUUUGAAGGAAGCAAAUCCCAUUCUUCCGCGGAUCAAAGGUCUUCCUAAAAUUCACAAACCCGGUCAAGAGAUGCGAGAGAUUAUUUCAGCUGAAGGAUCCCCUACCCACAAAUUGGCUAAAUGGUUAGUUCAAGAGUUCCAAAGUAUGCCAAAACCCUUCCCCACCAGUUCGGUCAAAAACACUCAGGAAUUCACCCAAAAGUUGUUGGAAUCAGGAACCAUCAAGGAGGACGAGAUUAUGGUUUCUUUCGACGUCGCAGCACUAUUCCCAAGUGUCCCUGUAAAGGAUGCUCUUAAUCUUCUCGAGGAUUGGUUACUACCCCAAAAGUCUGACGCAGCUUGGAAAGGAAAAGUUAGGACUUAUUUACGUUUGGCCAGACUGUGCAUGGAUGAGAAUUACUUCCAAUUCCGUGGACAGUUCUACAAGCAGACCAAAGGUGCCCCCAUGGGAAAUCCCCUAUCCCCAUUUUUAUGCGAGCUUUUCAUGGCAAAUUUAGAAACCAAGCUUAAGGAGCAAGGUUUACUUCCGGAGAAAUGGUGGAGGUACGUCGACGAUAUUUUCAGUGUGAUCAAACGGGAAGCUUUAUCUAAGGUUCUAGAGGUCAUCAACAAUGUACAUAAGGAUAUCAGGUUCACUCACGAGGAAGAAAAGGAGGGAAAACUUCCAUUUUUGGAUCUAUUAGUUAAGAGGGAAGAUAGUUCGUCGUUCGAAUUCGAGAUUUACAGGAAACCUACCAAUACCAUGCGUGUCAUCCCCUAUUCGUCGAAUCACUCCUUCCAACAUAAGAUGGCAGUUUUUCACCACAUGGUUCACCGAAUGCAGACUCUACCUCUAAGCGAUGACGGGAAGAAUAAGGAACUCACUCACAUAUUCGAAACAGCGAAAAUCAACGGAUAUAAGGAGAGGACAAUUCAGGCCAUCAUUGACAAAAAGGAGAGGUUGCGAUAUCGAGGAUCCCUAACAACUCUUACCCCUAUUUCAGAAUCUUUGAAGCGAGUAUCAGUCCCCUUCGAUCAACACAUCACUAAUAAUUUACGUUCUAGGUUCAGAAAUUUCGGAAUCGAUUUAGUAUUUUCUAGCAGAAGCAAUCAGUUGAAGACUUCAUUAGGCUCUACAAAGGAUCCGGUCAACACCCUAAACAAGGCUGGCGUUUACAAAAUCAGUUGCUCCCAUUGUGAUAAGGUCUACGUUGGUCAAACAAAACGGUCUUUGGAGGUUAGAUUCAGGGAACAUAUGGCGGAAGUGGGAAAGGCGCAGAGGACAGUGAAUAGAGGUUUGGAAUACGAUUUCAGGUCGAAAGUUGCUGAACAUGUCUUUGAGGAGGGCCACCCUGUAACUACAGAGGAUAUUCAAAUUUUGCGAAAUGUAACUUCACCUUGGAAAUUGGACGUUGCUGAGAGUCUAGAGAUAUACAAACAGGUACCUAACACGCUGUUGAAUAAGGAUCAAGGCAAUGGAAGUUCGUGGCUUUUCAAAUUAUUACCCCCUAAGCACUCUCGUAUGGCGUGCGUCUCAUAAUGUACCUGUGAUACAUGAACUUUGUUUACCUAUCCUGUGCUGGUGGGAAAUGUACCUAUUCGGUGGUGGAGGGAAAUUUUACCUAUUCUAUGGUGGAGGUUGAUAUAGAUAUAAGUUUUUGCAUGCUCGGGAGAAAAAAAAAAAAAAAAAAAAACUACCUAAAUUAAGCUACCUAUUAUUUUUACCUAUGAUGUAUGAGACGUGUAGAAUGCGAUGGAUCUCUUCAGUCGAGUCAAGUACAAGACACUGAAGACGACCUUACAGUUGAGGGGCCCAGAAUCAAAGGGGUGUAAGUGACCAUUUUGUCGAUUUUGAGCUGAGCAUAUCAUAAAAUUCUUCAGAUUUCAAGCUUUCAGGAACUUUUUUAAGAUUGUUUCUACGAUGAUUGGAAAAAUUACAAUAAAUCAGAGAAAAUUAGGUUGAUUUUGAAGCUCCAUACAUUUUGUAUGGUAUGAAAUAUUGGUCAAAAAUUUUAAACCUCAUUUACUCGAAAGUGAGUUUUUGUCACUUACACCCCUUUGCUUCUAACCCCCUCACUUGUCUGUCUGUACUCAACGAGUUUUUAACAAUGGCUUCUUAUUUCCAGGGUUUAGGGGGAUUAGGGGCAUAAUGGACACCCGGGGCGAAAUGGACACCCCUGUUUUUGCCGAAACCGUUGACUUUUAUGUAAAACUUUUAAUGCAUAAGGGUAAAGGAAUAAGUCAUGGUUCUAUUUUUCAAAAGUACCAUUCAUAUUGCUCCAAAAUAACCAAAAUAUCAUUGAAAUUGAAAUAUGUUUAUCAUAUGGUGAAAUUCUUAUAAUUUCGAAGCGGCAUCAAAUAAGGUACCGUCGUUGGGGGUGAGAAUGGGUCAAAAAACGAUACUCAAAGAUAGUUUGUUAAAUAACAAAUGCAAUUGAAGUCGGAGUAACUUUUUAUUUGGUAUGUAUACUCUCCUAUGUGGUAAUGAUAGUUUAGCAAGAAAGUAUCACGCUAUAUGAAUUGCUUAGUAAACUACAAAUGAUUGAGAAUUGACCCAAUACCCAAUCUCACCCCUUAGAGGGGAUGAGAAUGGGUCAAAGUAUUCGAAAUCACCUAUCUAAGAAUAUAAAUUAAUUUUAUUGAUCAUAUAUAGUAAACCUACUUAAAACACAAUUUUGUCAUGACAAAUAAAAGCUUAGGUAAUUUUAAAAGAUGAUUAAUCCACCUAAAAGGGCUAAUACAACGGAAAAAAUGGUCGAAAUUUGAUACAAUAACGUUUGUAUACUGUAUCAUCAUUUUUAGCCAUCAUAAUCAUCCUCAUUAAGAGUUUUAACCUCCAUGAGAGGAGGAGAAAUCACAAUGAGGGAGGGGCGAAGAAAGAAUGAAAGAUUGAUUGUAAAAAAAACAUGCUAGUUUUUGUAUACUGCAUAAGAAAUGUCUAACCAAACCCUCCGUUAUAAACUCUUAUGUACAUGAUCAUUGGCCUCUAUAUUGCUAAAGCAAAUCACACCAUUUCAAGAUAGUGGGUCUUUCAAAUAUUAUGUUAAGUCUAUUUUGUGAGCUUCCGAUAUUGCAGUACACUAAAGAUUAGCUGAUGAUUAGAGGAGCUGUCCACACGCAUGGGUGUAUUGUUAUUAAUGAUUUUAGGCACUAAACGUAUUAACACACUCGUUUGACGCUUCUCGACAUAUUUUUGAAAAAUAAGCGUGCUUUAGUGAAAAUGCGGUAAACAUGGCACCACUCUAACGUCAAAUGGGGACUGGAUAACAAGUUGAAUUUUUUGUUAAGGUUAUGUGCACUCGAUAACUUGCUUGACCCAAUCUCACCCCCAUUCUUAAUAUUUAGACAUGGGGUCGAAAAUAUUAAGUUUUUAAAUAACAAGAGCAAUGAUAGGCCGCUUUUUUAUUACAUCAAACAGGUAAUACCUACAGCUAACCACUUAUAAGAAUAUUUAUGGUUAGGUACUUGUAAUUUUUUCAGAGUGGUUUACUAGUAGUUUCAUCAUAUAAGUUUAGCCACAAAUUUAACAAAAAACGAUUAUUGCAAAACAUCUUAUUCUGCAUCAUGACGUGUAAAAACAUCUCCCCUUUGAAAUAAUAUAAAGUUUUCAAUAUAAAUUAUCGAUAGUUAUUGACCUAUUUCAAAUUUUAUGUUUCUCUGUUUUAA